AUGUGUAGUCCACAGGAGGCCGGCAUGAAAGCGGUGGGCGUGAAGAUGGUGACCCGCAGCCGGAGCCGUGGGCCCGGCGUGGGGCCGCGAGGGAGCUGGGAGGAGGCAGCGCCGCCCCAGAGGGGAGAAGCGGCUGCAGAUGGCAGGCAAAACCACCGCCCUGUGAAGCGCCAGCGAAAGGUUCAGAGACUGCGUGUGGCCUACGAGGCUGCAGAUGAUGAUAGUGAGGAAGCCAAGGGGGCCAAGCCCCUCCAGGCACCGGCCUGGGAGCCCCAGGAUUGGCGGCAGCAGCUGGCCCAUAUCCGCGUCAUGAGGAGCGGGAAGGAUGCACCUGUGGACCAGCUGGGUGUCGAACACUGCUACGAUGCCAGCGCACCCCCAAAGGUGCGGAGGUACCAGGUGCUGCUCUCAUUGAUGCUGUCCAGCCAGACUAAGGACCAGGUGACCGCAGGUGCCAUGCAGCGGCUGCGGGCUCGGGGCCUGACGGUGGACAGCAUCCUGCAGACGGAUGACAGCACGCUAGGCGCACUCAUCCACCCAGUCGGCUUCUGGAGGACCAAGGUGAAGUUCAUCAAGCAGACCAGUGCCAUCCUGCAGCAACACUACGGUGGGGACAUCCCCACCUCUGUGCCAGAGCUGGUGGCCCUGCCUGGUGUCGGGCCCAAGAUGGCACACUUGGCGAUGGCUGUGGCCUGGGGCACCGUGUCGGGCAUUGCGGUGGACACGCAUGUACACAGAAUUGCCAACCGGCUCGGGUGGACCAAAUGGCAGACCAAGGCCCCAGAGCAGACCCGUGCCGCCCUGGAGGAGUGGCUGCCCAGGGAACUGUGGGGGGAGAUCAACACCCUGCUGGUGGGCUUCGGCCAGCAGACCUGCCUGCCUGUCCACCCACGUUGCCAGACCUGCCUCAACCGGACACUGUGCCCAGCAGCCCAGGGCCUCUGA